AUGCAGGUGUACAAAACUCCUCUAAUUUCCCAGUUCCUUCAAUUUGGUUACUGUAGUUACUGCCCCACCUCCCUUUCCCAAACCAACCCAACAAACCCACCUCGUCAUUGCCUCUCCUCCGCGGACCCCCACCCACCUGUUGCCUCUCUCUCUCCCACCCACCCAGCUCAUCAUCGCCUCUCCCUCCCACCCACCCAGCUCCCCCCCACCCCGCCGGCCACUCUCUUUCCCACCGCGCAACCCCCUCUCCCUCCCACCCGCUGUCGCUUCUCCCUCCCAUCCGCCGUCGCCGCUCCCUCCCUCCCGCCGUCGCCGCUCCCUCCUCCCGCCGUCGCCGCUCCUUCCCACCCGACCGUCGCCUCCCCCUCCCCUCCCGCCGUCGCCUCCCCGUUCCUCCCGCCGUCGCCUCUCCCUCCUCCCCGCCGUCGCCUCUCCCUCCUCCCCAUCGUCGCCUCUCCCUCCUAUCCGCCGUCGCCGCUCCCUCCUAUCCGCCGUCGCCGCUCCCUCCCAUCCCACCGUCGCCUCUCCCCCCAUCCCGCCGUCGCCUCUCCCUCCCAUUCCGCCGUCGCCUCACCCUCCCAUUCCGCCGCCGCCUUCGGCGACAGGUCACGAGCAAGCUGGUGCGCGAGUGGGAGCUGGUGCGCGAGCGCGGGUUGGUCUCUGCACCGUGAAUUGCAGUUCGGUUACUGUAGUUUCUUGUUUGCCACUCCCUCCCACCCCGUCAUCGCUUCUCCUCCCCCACCAGCUGUUGCCUCACCCUCCCACCUCGUCAUCGCCUCUCCCUCUCACCCACCUUUCCAUCGUUGCUCCCUCCCACCCCGCCAUCCACUCUCCAUUCCACCCCACCAUCCCCUCUCCCUCCCACUGCGCCGUCGCCUCUCCCUCCCUCCAGCCGUCGCCUCUCCGUUCCUCCCGCCGUCGACUCUCCCUCCCUCCCGCCGUCGCCUCUCCCUCCUCCCCGCCGUCGCCCCUCCUCCUCCCCGCCGUCGCCUCUCCUCCUCCCCGCCGUCGCCUCUCCUCCUCCCCGCCGUCGCCUCUCCUCCUCCCCGCCGUCGCCUCUCCUCCUCCCCGCCGUCGCCUCUCCUUCUCCCCGCCGUCGCCUCUCCUCCUCCCCGCCGUCGCCUCUCCUCCUCCCCGCCGUCGCCUCUCCUCCUCCCUGCCGUCGCCUCUCCUCCUCCCCGCCGUCGCCUCUCCUCCUCCCCGCCGUCGCCUCUCCUCCUCCCCGCCCCUCUUCCCCGCCGUCGCCUCUCCUCCUCCCCGCCGUCGCCUCUCCCUCCUCCUCGCCGUCGCCUCGCCCUCCCAUCCGCCGUCGCCGCUCCCUCCCAUUCGCCGUCGCCGCUCCCUCCUCCCGCCGUCGCCUCUCCCUCCCAUCCCGCCGUCGCCUCACCCUCCCAUCCCGCCGCCGACUCUGUCGACAGAAUGAACGUGUAG